GUGGUGAUAUGUGCACUGUCGAAAUUUUAGUCCUCGGGUCUAGAAUGCACUACCCAUUGAUUUACAUGGAAAACGGGGCGCAUGAUGUACAGAACAUUUUUGUAAGUCCACACCGAAAAGUCUUAUCCACUGUGACAUUUUAUCCCUUGCCUUUGCAGAAAAUAUCUCUUUUCCCUGAACAUUUUUCUGACUGCUUUUACAAGUCAAAGCAUUCGAAACAAAGUCGGUCUUCGUGUGUGGGAUACAAAAACUCCAAAAUCAUCAAGGGAUUUACUUUGGGUUUCCCGAUCUAACGCACAUUUACGCACAGCGCAGAGGGAGACGGCGCUUCUAACUAACUCAGCCUUGAGGAACUUCCACUACUUCUGAAAACAAAAAAGCGCUGCUGGGCGGUACAUCCCUGGGCUAUAAUAAACUCUUUAAUAUUUAAGUAUGUUUUAUCCGCCGAUUAGAUCACUGCUCUUUGUUUGGUUAUUUGUUCCUUCCUGCGGAACGGAGAAAGCGAAACAGAAGAGGGACGUUGAAUUCGUGGAGAAAUGCACAGGAGGAGGUGAUGGUGGCCCCCAAAACUGUACCCGGCACCCAACAGAUGCUUCCGUGUACAGUAGCUGUCUACAGGGCCCACCCGGCACCCCCGGCCGGGACGGGAACCCAGGUGUGAACGGUAUCCCUGGGACCCCGGGCAUCCCGGGCCGUGAUGGGCUGAAAGGGGAGAAGGGGGAAUGCGCCACAGAGAAUGUCCAGGAGCACUGGAAACCCAACUUCAAGCAGUGCGCCUGGAACUCCCUCAACUAUGGCAUCGACAUGGGCAAAAUCGCUGACUGCACCUUCACCAAGCUGCGCUCGGACAGCGCCCUGCGGGUGCUCUUCAGCGGCUCCCUCAGGCUCAAGUGCAGGACUGCCUGCUGCCAGCGCUGGUACUUCACCUUCAACGGGGCCGAGUGCACGGGGCCCCUCCCCAUCGAGUCCAUCAUCUACUUGGACCACGGCAGCCCCGGCUUCAACUCCACCAUCAACAUCCACCGCACCUCCGCAGUUGAAGGUCUGUGUGAAGGGAUCCCUGCCGGUCUGGUGGACGUUGGCAUAUGGGUGGGCACGUGCGCCGACUACCCCCGAGGGGACGCUUCUACUGGCUGGAACUCCGUGUCCCGGGUCAUCAUCGAGGAGUUAGUGAAAUGAGGCCUUCCUUUUCCAUACCCCAGCCAACAUGGGGCCCACCAUAUUUUUACACAUUGUAAUUCACUUCAUGCUAGGACCCCUGACUGAAUCAGGUGACACUAUAUAUUCAAGGGCAAGCUUCUCUUCUAAUGUUCUUCAAGUGCUACAAGUUAUGGUUUAAAUAUUGAAUUUCACCUGAGGACUGAGACUCUUGUCACAGGAGGAGACAUUAUUACUAAAGUAUAAUCUGUGAUUGCUAUGUCAAGUUUGAGGAGAUUUGGUUCUACCUAGAGCGCAGAAAAACACCAUUUGCUUGGAAUUUAUCAUUUACUUUCACUUAACUGGCAAAAUUUAUUUGAUCUUACCCACUGCCAUUUUAGGUAUUUUCCAAUGCCAAUUGUCUAUAAUAUUUUUAUUUAUCAAUGUUCAUAAAUUCUAAUAAAAAUCACUUUUUAUAUCGACAA